AUGGCGCCGCAGAAACCGUUCCUCUAUCCUCUCAAGACGCCGAAGUCACACACGUUCCCAUCUGAAUUAUACGACGAUCUUCCAAGCAGCCGAUCGGAUUCCAUUAAGCGGGAAGAUGGAAGCGCAACACCCAUGACGCCUCUUUCAUAUACACAGUUCCUUGAAAAGCAUGCGUCCGCGGCAUAUAGCCCAUCGAGCGCUGGGGCGGAAUUUCCAAAGUUCAAUUUCGAGAAACGGCGUCCAUCGCCAAUUUCGGUUCCUUCGAGUGCCAGCACCAACGCCCCUCUUUCCGCAUACGAAGGACCCAAGACCACAAGUGCCACCAUGCCAUCUCCCUCUCCAAUCGCUGCUAGCCCACGAUCUGCAAGACUCCCAAAUACUUUACGACGUCUACGAAUUCCUACCACUUGCGUUUACUCACCCAUCACCGACUCGCCUCGAAGUGCCCGCACCAUACAUUCUCCAUUUUCCCCGUCAGACUGGAAAAUUCGAUGCAUCGAAACUCCUCGAAGUGCUGGAGGGAAAUCUGUUAGCGUAAGGCAAGUUGUGACGCGAACUGUGACAUAUAAGCGCACGCACCUGGAGCCUCCUCCCAAAGGCAAGAGGAGAAAAUCAAACGAUUCACAAGAGGCUUCGGAUGGGCCUAAGCCUUCAAAGUCCCCUCGGCACUGA